AUGACGACUACUAUGGAACUACCACCAAAAUGCCUGAUACAUCUCAGAAAAAACUCUUCUGCAACAACUUAUGAACGCAAACGCUUUUACUUCACAGGAAUGUCUUACAAAUUGGUAUUAAUAAUGCUGAUGCUUGCAUAUGCUACAAUGGGCUGUGAUUCAUUCAAGUGCUUUUUUCCACGUAAAAAGUACAGUAACGACUCAUAUGAAACAGCUACGACUACUAAUACUAUCACUAAUACUGGAAAGCCACAUACCAUAUGUGAGAUCAGAAAACGUUCUUGUAAAGUCCUUUGUUUGAAUAACGACUUCCCAGAAGUUUGUGCGAAUUAUUGCGUACGCUUUAGAGGAUGCCUGGAGCUACCUUCGUACUUGUUAUCCGAACGAUAA